CAGCUAGCAGCCGAAACAUGUCAACAAGGUUUGAGACUCCACCUCGAAACACCACUGUAACCAUGAAUGAACUCAAAUCAGCGGCAGUUUCCUUUAUCAAAGUGUACAAUGAACGCUAUGAAAAGACGCAGAGCCACUGGACGCAAUUUAAAACCAGGAAAAAAGAACUGGAGGACCUCCAGAACUGGGGAUCCGCUGCCGUAUUUGGAAUAAUUUUGUAUGAAAUAUUUUUAUUCAUCCUGUCCUUCAUAUUAUGUUUUCAGGCUUCGAUUUCUGCAUUUGAGAUGUUAGCAUGUGCUUUUGCUCUUCCAUGCUUGUGUUACUAUAACCGUGCUCAGAACAGAAAGUAUUGUUGGAGGACAGUGAAAGAAUGCAUUAAACAGAUAAGGGGCACUAUUUCUUUGCUGAACCUUGAGUUGGAGGAAGUGAAGCGUGUAUGUGAGGAGCUACGUAGAUCUUCCUGGUCUGUUCUUGGAGGUACAGAAAGAGUGAACCUCAUGAGGCUGGAGCAGAGUGUGCUGGAGAUAUUUGUCGUCACACAAGGUCUCAGAACGUCCACCUCUGCAGACUCGCUCACACAGGUCUGUGAGGAGUACAGCAAAAUCCUCUUCGAACUGGACAAGAUCAAGAUAAGACUGGGCUGCUACUCUGGAACUUUGUACAGUUAGGAGAAUAGAGUUAGAGUUUACUGUUGACCAAAACAUAUUCUUAACUUUUGAUUCAUGAGUGUCUACCUUUGGCAGAUAAAACAGCUGAACACACUCGUGGCUCGUACUUUUCACAAUAGAAAUCAAUUAUUCUACAGAAAGUUCUUCCCAAGUCUGUUGCAGAAGUUCCCAUAAAUGUGUGGCACUUGUAGGUUGCUUCACUCUUCUGUCCAGUUCAUCCCAAACCAGCUCGAUGGGGUUUAAGUCUGGACACUGUGCUGCUGGACACUCCAUGUUUUCAAGCUUUACCAUUUUAUUUAAUUUUUUUUCCUGAGGUAGUUUUGGCAGAGCUUGGACUUGUGUUUUGUAUCUUUUAUCUUUUUUAACCUCUGGCUGUUCAGUACUUACCUUUGUGCCAUUUCAAGUUAUUCAUUGGACUUGCACGACUUGAAUUGCAAUAAAUAAUUGGAAAUAUUAGGGUGUUCUAAAUAGGGGUGUGCAAAAUACUGAAAUAUCGAAAUGUCGUAUUGUUUAAUGUCACAAUACAGUAUCGAUAAAAUAAGUAAAAAUGUUAAAUUACCAUUAGUGAGGGUACGUCUUACAUGUAUACGUUAAAUGCAGGUCGGUGUGCAAAUGACAAAAAGAAACGUUUCAAAAUUCAGUAGCCAGACAUCCACUCACACCUGAUUGAUACACCUAUGAAAAUGAAAACAUUCUUGAAGACGUGGACACCUGCGGCUUAUAGACAGGUGCACUCAAUAGUUAGGAAAUUAUGGUAAUA